AUGUCGCACCUCCCCCCCUCCCAAGCAAUAUUCUCCCCCUCCGUCGCCCGCGCCGCCGCCUCCACCGCAAAAGACUGGUCCUACAUCGACACCUGGCUGCGCAGCAUCUUCGCCAACUCCUCCAACUCCUCUUCCAACCGCGCCUCCCGCCCUCCCCCCUUCGAGCGCAACCCCGAAACCCUGAAGGCCCUGCUCGCCUUAGCCACGGCCAACGAAGCCGCCGACGAGCACCGCGAGCAGCUCGCGCGCGUCGAGGAGGCCGCGCUGGAAGAAGUGCGCUCCGUUGAAAGAGAGCGCGAGGAGCGGCGGAGGAGGAUUGAUGCUCGAAAACAGAAACAACAGGAAGGGCGGGAAGAAGCAGAAGAGGCGGAAGAAGCUCUCGACGGUGACAUCCUAGCCACAGACCUGCUCUCCGCGCUCGAAUCCUCCCUAAGCAAAGACGGCGCCGCAGCCCUCGACGCCAUGGCCUCUAUGGCCGUCGAGCUAGGCGUCGCGUAUCCCACCCCCGAAAUCCUCGGGUCCAAGUUCGCCGAGCUGCAAGGACGAGCAUUCGAGCUAGAAGACGGAAUCGAGAGGGUAGAUUUACUACGGCGGUACUUAGACCGGGAAUCUGCUCGCGCCGAGACCUUUCUCGCAGAGCUACAGCACGCCAGCAUAUUCACACUCCCCCCCACUCUCCCAAAGCAAAACCUCUCCCUGCAACGCCUAGUCAAGAGCACAUCCAGCCACCUCCCCGACCUAACCCACCAAGUCCACUCUUUAGAAAAAACCAUCGGUCUCCCAAGUCUAACCGUCGACGACGUGCGCGCCGACGAGGAAGCAUACCUAGACCUGCUAUCCCGCAAAAAGGAUCUCGACGCGCAGGUCCGCGCCUUCGCCGGCCUACCCCCUGAUAUCGACGCCGCACGCGCUGAACUAGAAGCUUUACGUUCCGAGCUCCGGCACGCGACGGAGCGGCGCGAUGAGGACUUUGAGAGGUUGGUUGAACGGGAGAGUCCGGUGAAGAGUAGGAGGAGGCCUAGACUAGACUAA